CACCACGGCAGUUAGUCGCAGCUCGUGCCGAGAGGUGUCUCCCGCUUCGCUGUAUCCUCUCUUGUGGCUGUAAUUUUACGGCGCCAUGGGAGACGCUAACGCCGUAGCUGCUAUCGAUGCAAUAUCCCAUUCAAACAUCAACUUCACUGUGGAUUUGUACAAGGUGCUGGCGAACGAACCGGGGAAUCUGUUUUUCUCACCCUUAAGCAUCCAAGUAGUUCUCGCUCUGGUGUAUUUCGGAGCAAAGGGCGACACAGCAGACGAAUUGGAGCGAGGUUUGCACCUUCCCCGCGACAAACAGCUCACAGACAAUGGAAUUAAUGCCCUUAUGCAUCAGCUAAGUGAAUCUCAAAAUGUGUUACUUGACAUAGCGAACAGAAUAUAUCUUCGGACUGGUUCAGAAAUCAAGAAUGAAUUCAAGAAAACUGCUGAUAGGUUCCUUGCUGGAGUGGAGCAGAUUAACUUUGCCGAAUCAGAACAGGCCAGGAAAACAAUUAACAACUGGAUUGAAAAUAAAACUAAUGGAAAGAUAAAAGAUAUAAUUAAGGAGGGCGUUUUGGAUGCUGAAACACUCAUGGUGCUUGUCAACGCUAUUUACUUUAAGGGUGCAUGGCUUAAGGUAUUUUACGAGGAUGAAACCAAGCCUACACCUUUCCAUUUACCGUCGGGAACGACGGAAGAUGUUGAUAUGAUGUACGUCGAGGGCGAUUUCCAGUAUGCUGACUUAACUGAAUUAAAUACGCAGGCGCUUAUGCUUCCUUACAAGGAUUGGAAUCUGAAUAUGGUGGUAUUGUUACCAAAAGAAGUGAAUGGUUUGCAAGAGCUCGAGAGAAAUCUUGACAAAGUUGAUGUGUCGGACAUUGUGAAGAGAAUGACCAACAACAAGGUCUUUGUAUAUUUACCGAAAUUCAAAAUGGAAUACUCCAAGUCUCUAAAAGACACUCUGAUAACACUCGGGAUGGAGUCCAUGUUUAAUCCAGCCAAAGCGAACUUCUCUGGCAUCGUCGAUGAGAAGUUUGUAGUAAGCAAGGUCCUGCACAAAGCGUUCAUAGAGGUCAACGAGAAUGGCACCGAAGCGGCAGCCGCAACAGUUCUCGUGGCGCUUGGUGCAGGCGCUCCUCGGUUUCCGCCACCACCACACGUCAUCUUCAAGGCCGACCACCCCUUCUUGUUCUUCAUUAUGGAUGACGUCACCCCUACGAUUUUUUUCGCGGGACGAGUUGCGACACCUUCUGCAUAAUUAGUGAGUUCUCCUCCCUCUUGGUGCGAGCUUUCCCCUGCUUCCACCACCACCACCUGUCAUCUUCAAGGCCGACCACCCCUUCAUGAUCUUCAUCUUGGAUCGCGUCAGACGGACGAUCCUCUUCGCCGGACGUCUGGUGGAACCUUCUGCGUAAUUAUUGCAUUUUUACAUGUAUGAGUUCUGUAUUUCAGUGAUGUGCAAAUAUGUAGCAACAGUUUUUAUGAAAUUUUUAUUGUUCUGAAUGUAGGAGACCUUAAAUAUUUAAUAAAAUAUCUCGAAUUAAAAGGAAA